GAUAAAAAAAGUGUCUUUGUCAAAACUUUGAUUCACCGUCGCUUUUUUAUUUGAUUUAAUAAAAGAACAGUAGUUGUGGCAUGGGCAGAGAUUUAAUCAUCCACUUGUCAUUAUGAAUGAUGUAGUGAGCUUAUAAUGACUUUUUUUAUUAUAUUAGUUGAACGAUUAUUUAUUUGAUCCAGCAAUUAAUCGUUGCUCUUGAAGAAUGAUCUGUCUUUUUUUCUAACGAGCAGUUGCAAAAAACAAGACCAAAAAAAGGACCAGUUGAAAAGUUGUAACUAGAGAAUGUUUGUAACGAUUUAUUGCGAGUCAGCAUCCAAAAUAAUUCAGAAGCUGUUAUUUUAAGGUCAAGAAGUUUUAUAGAAUUGCUUUGAUAUAUUUGUUGUCUUUUAAUGUUAAUUGUACCAAAAGCAAUUUUUUUUGUGUGUUCAUACAGCGAGAAGAAAAACACCUCCAGAGAGCAAUCAGCCACCAGUACAAAGCACAGAUAACCAAGAUGAAUAUUCUUCCCUGCUGUUAAACCAGACUGACAGUGAGUUAUCACGUAAAUUUGAGGAACUGGAGCUGCAGUCUCAAGAGAAAGACAGGAUCAUUAGUAAACAACGUGAAGAACUGAAACACAUUCGAUCGACGCAGAGCCCUGUCGCACACCAGCCCGACCAGCCUGCGUUUGACGUCCCAACAGUUUUGGAUUGUCCCAACAGCAACAAUCCAAAACCAGGGGCCUCUUCCAAUAACAACUAUUCAAACUCCGACAGCUUAUCCCAGGAGAAGGAUAUAGAACCUGGCGUCCGGAAGCAAACUGCUUCCCCGGACCGCCCAAGAGAAAGACGCCGCUGUAUUUCUCUUACACACUAUCAUGGCCCUGUGUCGUCCGAUCCUUCUCAAGACUCCUUUUCAGAGAAUGAGCCUUUAAGGCGUUCCAAGAGUUUGUCUGAGCGCCUUAAUGUAAAUGGUGCAAAGUUCCAAAGCUCAGCUGGGACUCAAAACCGUUACAGUGUCCUGGCAGAUUUACCUGAAGACGCCACCUGAAAGGGUUUGAGACUCUGGGAUGGGAGUUUGGAGGGUUUAAAAAAAAAAUCUAAGGUUUGCAUUACUGGUCCUUAAGAAAACUCUAUCAUUUUAUAUGGCUUAUCACUUCUAUGCUGGUGACACUCAAAUUUUUUUUGGUGCAAAUUUGGGAGUCAGGGUUCAGGACUCCAGGUGUGGAACUGGUCUUUUCCCUGGUUCCUCAUUAAGACAUGUGAACUCUGGACGUUCUCCUGACGUUUGAAGGAGGUCGGAGGUGACUUAAAUGAUUCAUGUGAGCACUUUCUGUUCUUUGAGUAACUCAUACCGAGUUGCAGGACACGUCGGGGGAUGCCUGUUUAAUUCUUUCUUAAACUUUGUGAGAUGGAAAGGUUUUUUUAAUGGGGGCCUUGUUGUGGAUAUGCGUUGACAUGUACUAGUUUUAUUUCACUUUCGCUUCUCAGGCUGCAUCAUUUCCUGUUGUGGUUUCAGCCUGAGGUCGAUGGCUGGUGUGAAUGUUUGUGGUUGUGUAGCGAUUGAGCCUCAGACAUUAAGAUAGUAUCGCACCAUGGGGAACUUCACUGGGUUACUUCAGCAAAAAGGAAAUGGGAAGUAUACUGUUAGAAAAUGUAAUAGAUAAGUAAAAAAAAAAAUACGUACAAUGCCAUAAAAUACUGUAUACUUGUAAUGUACUUAUAUUGUAUGAUAAUAAUAUACAGCGUUUUAAGUAUUGCUCUUGUCUGAAAUUGAAAUUGUGAGGGUAGAAAACAAUGAUUGCAGACUUAUGCAAAACAAUAAAUUGCUGUAAAAAUAAAUAUUGGUUCACAGUCUGUGUGAUUUAUUUAUCUGUAUUCAUCUAAUGUGGGUGUAGAGAUGGUUUCCUGUUGUUUUGAGGAUGUGGGCUCACAAGCUGUCAGAUUACCUGAGAGGAAGAAGACGAACGCUGUGGGGACAGAAUGGACGUCGCAUCAAUCUGCCUCGUGCUUUCAGCGACACUGACCAUCCAGCUGGACAGAUCCCAGUUCCAUCGCUAUGACUCCAUCAAGCUGAGCUGUGCAGUGCCGUCGAACUCUGGUGUCUGGAAACUGAGGAGAAACACCUCCAAGCUGAUUUCUGAGCCGUGCACCAGUAGCUGGGCCGAGGUACCUGACCCCUCCUCCUGCACCAUUCAGGACGCCUAUCCAUUUGACAGUGGCGUGUACUGGUGUGAGUCGGACCGGGGGGAGUGCAGUAACGCCAUCAACCUCACCGUUACCGACGGCAAAGUGAUCCUGAAGAGUUCCGCUCUUCCUGUGAUGGAGGCGGAGGAGGUGGUGCUUCUCUGUCUCUACAAGGAGGACGAGGAGGGCACGACCACUUCUAACUUCUCUGCCAACUUCUACAAGGAUGGUGUCGUCAUUGGGACUCGUCCCUCAGGGAAGAUGACCUUCCCGUCGGUGUCCAAGUCCGAUGAAGGACUCUACAUGUGUGAACACCCCACGGAAGGAAGGUCGCCGCAGAGCUGGUUCUCUGUGACCAGCAAAGUCAGAGCUCAGCCCCUUCCUCUUCCUCCUCCUCCUCCUCCUCCUCCUCCUCUCAUGUCUACACCCAGGCUGGUGUUUACCAUCCUGCUUAUCGUCCUUUACACCGUGAUGCUCAUAGUGGCUGUGAAGGUUUACACAAUGUGGGCUAAAGCUCGAGCUGAAGCAAAAAGAGCCUCUGAACAUCCGUCCUUCAGUUGAUCAGACCUGUCUGCUGCUGAUGAAGAAGAAUACAUCAUAUAUAAGGAUCACCAUUUCUAAUAAUGCAUAAAAAAUAUAUUUUUAUUUAUAUUUUGUGUAAACUCUGUUGUUGAAAAACAGGAAUCAGCAGCUUCCUGUGUUUCUGUCUGUUUUCCACGAGUGGGAAUGAAAGAGGAAACAUUCUCAAUAAUCACAGUCACUGAAGCAUCAGACUCAAUUUACUCAAGUGUCUGUUUUAAGAUGAAAAGUUGAAUGGUCUUGUGAAGCUUUCAAAUCUUGUUUUUCCUGUGAUUUGCUGUGACUGGUUGACCUAACACAAAAUAAACAUUUGACCAUUC